UUCUUGAAUUCUUCCAACAACCACCAGGGAAAGAUGGCGGAAGUGGAUAAGGAUGGUGAUCCUGCGGCUGAGAAAGAUGACCUACAGAUUUUAAAGGUAUUGCAAAAGAUAAUGCUAUAAUCCCUACAUGUAAUAUAUUGUCAUGAGGUUUCUUAACCUGACUAUUUUAAUGAAGGUCUUGUCUAAAGUUAGACAGAUAACAUCUUCCCUUUGAUGGUAGCUAGUUCGCUCUCCUCCAGAUUCGUUACUAUAACAACUGACACAGACGGUCAUUCAUCUACCAAAAUCUGUUUGUGGUUGGUUUUUAGCUAUCCCGAGUUGGUUGUCUCUAAAUCUGCCGAACCGUCAUUUUUCUCUAUAUGUUUAUGCAUCAAGCUCCUCAGUUAGCUAGUUAACGUUAGCUAGCUUUGGAUGGUGUGCAUCGUUCUUAGUUACAAUCUCUCUCCAUUUGCUAACGUUAGACAGCUAGCCAUGAUGCAGCCAAAUAAGUUAGCUAGCUAAACUUGCUGCGUCAUCAUACCUCAUAGGCUCUUUAAAAAAUACACAUUGCUCUAUCGUUACUUCUUAAGGUCCAAGGUCAGGACCUUAUAUUGAUACUGCAUCUGGCAGAUAAAGCAACCAAAUACUCCAUCUUAACGUGAAUCGAUUCUAAAUGGUGAUACAGUUUUAUUAACAUAAAGCCCUUUUACUUUCCUAUCGAUGUUUUAACCGGCUUUAUCACAGUUGUAGCCGACAGUAUUUUUCAGUGACGACACAUUUCUGGCAGCCUUCUUCCAUUACACAGGUGUUCGGGGGCAUGCCAAAUAGAUAAUUAGCACAGGUUGUCCCUCCGUCUUCUGUCUGUCUACUGUAACAUGGAUAUCCGAUCUGUGGGAACACUAACCCUAUAAAGGAACUAGUGGAUGAGUUGUAUCAUUUUCGGGAUCAUUACUUUGAGACUCACAGUGUGGAGGAUGCAGGGAGGAAACAGAGUGAUGUGGCACAGGAGAUGGAGAAGACUCUAACGAAGCUUAGGGAGAAAGAAGAGUCGUAUAAGCACAGCGCCGAGUUCCUGCUGCUGCGGGGCCGCUGCCUGGGGGUGGCACCAGAGUUUAGCACCACCGCCGAGGAGUGCCUGUCCAGGGCUGUGAAGCUGGAACCUGGGCUGGUGGAGGGCUGGAAUAUCCUGGGGGAGCAGUACUGGAAGAAAGGAGACCUGACCACCGCCAAGACUUGUUUCACUGGAGCCCUGCAGCAGAAAAAGAACAAGGUGUCUCUGCGCAGUCUGUCCAUGGUGCUGAGGCAGCUACCGGGUGUUGAUGAGCAGGGGAAGAGGGUCCUGGAGAGUGUGGACAUGGCCAGGCAGGCUGUACAGCUGGACGUCACAGACGGCACCUCCUGGUACAUCCUAGGAAACGCCUACAUCUCCCUGUUCUUCACCUGCGGACAGAAUCCACAGAUGUCUCAACAGGCUCUGAGUGCCUAUGCACAGGCUGAGAAAGUGGACCGAACAGAAACCUCCAACCCUGAUCUACACUUCAACAGAGCCACGCUGUUCCAGUAUGAGGAGAUGUUUGGGUCUGCGCUGGGGGGGUACAGCCGGGCUGCGGCACUGGACCCCGCAUGGGAGGAGCCUCCAGAGAGGGAGAGGCAGCUGAUGGAAUACCUGGAGAAACUCACAGCACUCACAGAGAACAAGGGGAAGGUGAAGGCCCGGCGCCUGCGGACAAUGCUCUCCAACCUCAGCACGUCGGCCCUGGGGCCGUGCUCCUCCCCUCAGUUCCGCUCCCCCGCAGGCCGCGUUGGGAGCCUGGAGCCCCGCAACCUGUCUGCCUUGACACACGGCCACAACACUGGGGUGGCUGCCCUGGGCAAGGUGGUGUUCAGCCUGGCCUCCGAGGGACGCAUGGCCUUUACGUUUGGCAUGGUGGACAGUGAGGAGACCUGCUGCGUGAUCAUGGUUUAUAACACGGCAGACAGUUGGGGUGUUCUGAUUGGCGACUCCGUGGUCAUCCCAGAGCCCCAGGUCAAACGCCACAGUGUAGCCCACAAGGACCAGACGUUUGACUUCCGCAGUAUACGAGUGGACUCUCCCCUACUCCUCAUCGUCAAUGGCAAGAGACAGAAUGUCCAGGCUCAGACUGCAGCCUCUGUCAGUUACAAGCCCCAGAGUGAAUGAGAGGAGGAGGAGGGCGGCGGAGGGAAGAAGCAUGAUGAGCGAGUGCCUGUUUUUUUUUUCUUUUCUCAAAAUGUUUUCAUGUGUGAGUUUUGUAAAUAGUAGAUCCUUGCUAUGUUAGUCUUUAGGAAUACACUGUUUGUACAUAUUUAUAAAUAUUUCUUUUUUUUUGUAUUUUGUGGGAGGGAGGCUGGGGGAUUUUGUAAAUGACUGCCUACAAUAUGAUAAUUCAUUGCGAUGACAAUGGUGUCAGGCUUAUGUGUUCAAGACAUUAAAACAAACAUCCCCAUUCCCCAAA